CCUCUACAACCUGUUCUUAUAUUCAAAUAACUAAAUAAAUAAAUAUCACCUGUACUCUCUUUAAGUCUAAAACCCUCACUUUCUUUACAAUAUGCGUAUCUCUGUUGCCUUUGUCAUCGUCGCCAUUGCAGCCCUUGGCUGUUCCAAUGUGCAGGCUGAUUCGACCCAACACAAGCGUAUCGCUCGAGCUUUCGGCAAACGAGACGACUACGCCAAACCUCCUUGCCCUGACAACGGGACUCCCACCGUAGUUGAUUCGACUUCAGUCGCUACACCAAUGGCGCCGACUGCUCCUACCGAUGCCAACUCCACCACGACCGUGGAUACCACUACGUCGCCUCCAGUCCCCGCCAUGCCUGCAGCCGAUGUACCCGCUGCUUCUAACAACACGACGAUGACCCCACCUAUGCCAGUUGCUGACACCCCCGUAGCCCCAGCUGGAGAUGUCGUUCCAACCACUCCCGCCGUCGUCAUGCCGCCUGUCGACUACGCCGGCAAUGGACCUCCUGUCGACUACGCCGGUCCGGCUCCCAAUGUACCUACGGUGACCGACCCCACCUCGACUAUGCCACCCGUGGUCCCACCACCCGCUGACCAACCCACCGUGGUCCCACCACCCGCUGACCAACCCACCGUGGUCCCACCACCCGCUGAUCUACCACCGGUCGACCCUGCAGUACCCUGCCCCCCUAACGGAACCGUUCCUACGUCUGACAACCCUACCAACAAUGUCCCUGUUGUCCCAUACACUCCACCUGAGCAACCUAUCGAUACACCAACUGCGACUGAUCCGACAUCCACCCCACCCCCUCCAACAGUCCCGGUUGACGUGCCAGUAACCCCACCUGUAGAACCCUGCCCCGAUCCUGUUCCAAAUGCACCAAUCGUUCCACCCACUGUGACCGACCCUACCUCGACUAUGCCACCCGUGGUCCCCGGUCCUGUCCCCGUUCCUGUUCCUGGCCCGGGAUUCCCCGAUGACUAUGCUGGUGGCCGACCUACUAUUACUGACCCUACCUCGACGUUGCCACCUGCUGUCCCCGGUCCUGUCCCCGUUCCUGUUCCUGGCCCGGGCUUCCCCGAUGACUAUGCUGGUGGAUCUCCUGUCCCCCCCUUCGUCCCCGGCCCUGUUCCUGGUUUUCCCACUGACUACGCCGGGGGACCUCCCCCAUUCGUCCCCGGCUAUGCUCCUGGCCCCGUUCCCGGCCCUGGACCUCUCCCUGGCCCCGGAUAUAACCCUGCUCACAACCCCAAUGGUAUUCCUCCCUUUGUCCCCGGCUAUAACCCUACCGACAACCCCGAUGGUAUUCCUCCCUUUACCCCCGGCUAUAACCCUACCGACAACACCGAUGGUAUUUCUCCCUUUACCCCCGGCCAAGGUGGCGCGGUUCCUGGCUCCCCUAUUCCUGGCUACAACCCUGCCCACCCUGGCCCUGGCUCUGGCUUCGACCAAGCCAACCUUGCCCCCCCUAAUCAGUCAGGUCAGCAAGGUGGUCAAUUCGCGCCGGCAGACCAAGCCGACCAAUUCGGUCAGGGCCUCACUCAACUUCCUCCCAAGGAUCAAGCUCAAACUCCGGAUUCAACUUCACAGCAGGCAAGCGGCGGGGGUCUUGGCAGCAUGCUCGGCGGUGGUGGCGGUGGUGGCGGUGCUGGUCUCACCGGCCUGCUCGGUGGCGGUGAUUCAGCAAGUCAAACUCAAGAUUCAACUUCACAGCAAGCAAACGGCGGGGGUCUUGGCAGCAUGCUCGGCAGUGGUGGCGGUGGCGGUCUCACCAGCCUACUCGGUGGCGGUCAAUGAGACUGUAUUACGCAGUCUCCUGAGGUCACCUUUGCGCCGUCACAAACAUUCAACGUGUUUGAGGCUUGAUUGUUUUGCUGUUUACACCAGACCGUUUUGCAUGUUUAAUCUCCGACAUUUUGAGACUUUCAAUGACCGCGUCGCUUUCCGUCGUUGUGCUUUUUCAUAAUUUGUUUCUUCCUCCGUUUCUUCGUUCUUGCAAUUUUCAUUUGCCCGGCUUCAAUGUUUUCCUUAUGCCACAUUCGUUCAACCGUUUAGACCUAGCCUCGUGUCGUAAUAUUUUUGCCUUU